AUACAAAUCUGAAUMCGUACAGAUUACACGUACGUCGUGAGUAGCUCACUGAUUAUCACGUAUUGCAUCAUCCUUGCCUGAAAGCCAUGUGCCAAAUGGAAUAUUCGUUCACCAACCGUAUUUUAGGGACAGAUCGGAUACGCUCCUCCAGUUCGCAAUCAAAGACGCAACACAAAUGACAAUGUUACCCCUUUCUUCUAGGAAGCUUGGUAGCUMUCAUUCAAUGGUUCGAUGGGCARUGGGAGGCUGGACCUUUUUUGUGGUUGAAAACGCAGUCCUCAGUGAGAACCGAACUUGGCUGAUUGACUUAAUGGGCGACGACAACUACCACACAAUUUAUGGGACCUUUUCGACUAUCGCCACUGUUUCUAUCGGAUACGCGUACUACAAAAUAACUAGGAAARUUCCUACGUCUGCUUCGCAAUUGAAACGGUGGAAUGCAAAUGAUUCACCUCCUCUCGCCGUUGCUGUUGGUUCUUGGAUGUGCAUGACCACCGGUCUGGUUAUGGCCUCCCAAGUGGCCCCGACAUUUCAAUUACCAGUUUCAUUCUAUUCCACAAAUGCGCAGACGAAAAUGCAAAUUCGAUGUCCGUUCGAUUUCGCAGACAAGAGACUGGAAACGAACGACCCUUUUGAAGUUCGUGGGUUGGAACGCAUCAGCCGGCAUCCUGGGCUGUGGUCGUUUGGUAUGAUUGGAAUGAGCCAAUCAUUAUUAGCUCCAACCAUACCUCUACAGAUAUGGUGGCUGUAAGUUGUAUCCAUUGAGUGAUCUCUUGGAUGAUGUGGAGGGUAAAUAUUUUCUCUUGUAAUUUUGCUUGAAUGUAAACUCAUUAGUUAUGAUCUCUUCCUGUGUCAAAACUAUGAAAUUCGAUUCGAUUUAAAUCUGCAUUCAAUUCACCAUGCAAUACAACUCAAUUGAAUCGGAUCGGACCGAAUCCAUUCAAACCAAAUCGAAUCGAAUUAACGUGGUCAGCGGACCCUCCCUCGUAGCUUGGCUUGGUGGUAGCCACACUGAUUCUCGGUUUCGCCGGGGUAUGGGUGGUGUCCUCCGCCCAGAGUACGAUGUACGUUAAUGAAACACAACGAUUAUCGUUUUCUUCCUGCCUAUUGUGAUUUUGGAUUCGAAUUUUUGUGAUUGCACUAUUUUAUACAUCUCAAUAUGUUUUCAUUUUCUUAACAUCCUCAUCUCGAUAUUCUCUCAAACCCAAGUCCCAAACAUCAAACAUCCCUUUCUUGGCAAUGAUAACUGGUAAACAAACUAGAGGUUGGGAAGGAUUGAGCAGAGAAAUUAAACCUCUSAAUGCCGGACUUGCUCUUGCUACCAGUUCUCUGUGGAUUUUGCGUCGAAUGCGAUGAUAUGUCAAUGGAUCGUGAGUGAUUUGGGGAAUUUUCUCCCCUACAAACCCGUUCUUAAGUUAUGGUGUCAAAAUGCUCGAAUAGGAGUCGAUGAAUUCAGAUGAACAGAAGAGUUGUACACACUGUACCUGACAACUUGAAUUCCUGUGGCAUCACUUGCAUUCGGAAGACAGUAUUUAAUCCAUCWUUGAAAAUAUCGUAGUUUGAACUUUCAAGUAACUUCGAGAACAACAGUAGGGAUCAAACGGAUUUUAAAAUCAACAUGUGUUCCCAGGUAGAGAAACCAUACCGUUGAAUCCAAUAUUGUUGGCAAUUUCUGACCCCUUUUGCCUCAGAUGUAGUCGAUYCAGUGCACCGAAGGUUGUUAAGGAUGAAACACACGACGUCGACGACAAUUUCUCAUGUGUUUUAGAUUAAUUAUCAUCAGGGUUUGGGAUCAUGGGACCCCUCGGCAAUACUUGAUAAUCGUUGACACGUACGGUACUAUUGGAUAUGCAGUUUAUUUUCGGCCUAUGUAUCGUGGCAACUCCUCCAAAUCAAAGUUUAAGGAAGACACAACGAAGUAWUUACUAAAAGUCAAGAAUCAGGAAUCGGUGCUACGAACCGGUGCACCAAGUCGUGACUUUUUGUUGUAUUUUAUCAUAAAAAAGUUCUCAGUAUAGA